AUGGCCACGAAAAGUAUGAACAAAAAGUCCUGGGAGUCUAUGUCUUCAACAUUUUCGACCCUUGAAAUCUCCCUUUCUCAGGACAGCUGUUAUGCAUCGGAUGAGGUCUCUGUCACAUCAACCAACCCAACAUCUAUGACUACGUCGGUUGCUUCGUCUUUGAUACCUGCCAUACAGGCUCCGCUCCGCCCGCUUUUGAAACCAAUUCUGAAGAGAUCUUAUGCUGAAAUCGAAGAAGACGAAGAAUCAGAAUCUGGCUAUGCAUCUGAUGAUGUAUCCGAAUAUGAACACGACGCUUUUAUUGAUGAAAUCGAUGACGACAUUUGCUAUGUUACCGCUUGGGAUGACGAAUCUGACGCCAUGUCUGACUCCUGCGAAGACGACGACGACUCGUUCGAUGGCUCAUUUAUCUCGUUUGAGUCUAACAGUGUUCGGUUUGACUCCAAGGUGAUUUACAUAGAGGCUCCAGAGGCCCCAGAGGCCCAAGAAGAUGAAAUUUCCGAUAGCGGGAUGACCUGCCACGAAAUUAUGGAGCUUGCACGGGCGUCCGGAAAUUUUCAACCCCAGAAGGACAAAUAUGCGGGCGUUGAUUUGAACGAUGGGGACAAUGACAAUGGUGACAUUUGUGACUCCAUCAAGCAGCUGCCCGAAGAGCAUACCAGUGAUGUGGUCGACCUGGAUAAGCGUCUCUUUAUUGCCUACAUUAAUGGCAUUAAGGGGAUCGCGGAUCCCGAAUAUAAGGCACGGCUUCGUGCGCGGACCAACGAUAUGAAAACGGGCCGUGCGCACUCUCCAUACAUGGAAUCUGAUAGUGCCAAUGGCGUCUAUAUCGACCAUGCAUUAAACCACGUCAUUGGAAUUUUCCGCAACAUUGUUGCCAAGGAAGAGUUCGAUGAACUCAUCGGUCUUAGUGACCAAAAGGAGGCAGCAAAGCAACGGCCGGAAAUUACGGAAGUUCUUGGUCAAGGUCUUUUGGAAAAGAUAGAAGGCCUGCUCUCAGAGAGACUGGCCAAUGGUGACGUCGGAAUUGGACCAGAUGAACUGAGCUUCUUCGCUGGCGGUGUUGCAUAUGCGAUUGACCACUGGAGGCCUUAUAUUUGUCACUAA